AUGGCAGCUUCGGGGCUCAACCACGCGGCACCCCGCCGACGGCCUGGGUCGUGUCCGCCCUCCACGCAGCAGCUCCACUGCAACGAGACGCUGUACGCGACUCACAGACAUGUGCCAUCUCCGUACUAUUCCUUCGACCCGGAUGCACUUCUGGCGAAGUCCAUCCAGCAGCAACUCGAGCGCCUGUACAGAGGUCCAAGCGUCGACGCUAGUCCGCGCCAACACCUGAGCAGUGCGUCGCAGCCACACCGCGGCAGAUCGACGAACGGCAAGCAUCAUGGAAGCUGUAGUCGACUGCGGCUGAGCCUGGCACAGGCCAUUCCCGGUGCGAAGCAGGACGAGUCCUCUUUCUCUCUCUCACGGCGGACAACGCCUUGCUCAAAGGGCCUCGUGGCGUCGCUGUCUUCUCCCCAGUCGCAGCGUCCGCACGGAGUAACAGCGGCGGCAAUGUCGCUCCUGACUUCAACUCUUCCUGCGCCGUCGCAGCCCUCCGCAUGUUGUAGGCAGCGCCGCAAAGAGGAGCUCAUCGAAAGCGAGCUGGAGCCGGUGCCGAACCUCAUCGGACUCGGCGACUACUUUAUGAAGCGCCCUCAUUUCGUCUACCGACCGCGCUCCACAGGUGGCGGCGAGGCAAGCACAUCCACUGAAGACCUUUACAACGGUGGGCAUGAUCUCGACGGCACCAGUUGUCACUCCCGCACCCGAGGGACACCGCAGUUGCCGCGAUCGUUCAGUUCGACGACGCCAGUUCUCCUACACAGAUCCAGUAUUCGCGGCCCUACACUUCCGCUCGGUGUUCCUCCGAGCUCCGCCGUGCGCAGGCGUGCGGCAGGAUUUUCCGGCCAGUCAAAGCCGUCCCAGCGCACUGACACUGGUGCACCAGCGGCGGACCACAAUCGUGGGGUGAACGGCGCGCCGUCGUCUCCUGGCGAGGCAGCGGGUGGCGUACACGCAGGGGAGCCAUCAUCAAGCAGCAGACACAGCGCGUCCACCUUCUCCCUAGACAGCGAGGAUGUUUUCUUCGACGAGGAUCCGCUCGCAGCGCAGCUGCUGCACGGACCAGAGGCUGCAAAGUGUCCUGCAACAAUGCAUACACCCGCCUCCGAACAGGCAGCACGAGAGCAUGAAAGGGUCGACGACCAGGCGGCGUCUGGCACGCGAGCUGCGCCGGCGCUGGAGCCGCUCGUCGUGGAGAGUCUCUCGUCUUCCGCUGCGCAGCAUGCACUGGUGCCGCGCGCACCCGAGACCCCAUCCGACCCUGUGGCUUCCUUCAGCUCGUUUCCCACAGAUCCGACAUCAUCCGCCGCUGCCGGGCAGUCUGCCGCACCAGCGACGCUACAGCCACCUUCAAGGAGUACACUCUUUCUCCGCCAGCGAUCGCCCAGUCCCUGGGACCGCCGCCGCACCAUUGACAACUUGCUUCACAAGCUGCUGCGUCUUCGUGUCCAGUAUGAGCGCGCGAGGCAUCAGGGGCAUGGCCCGUGCGGUGUGUGCGACAAGAAUUUCAGGGAACAGCCACUGUAUGCGCGUAGCAGGGGUGCUGCGGCACAAGGCGAACGCUUCUCGUCCCCCGCUAUCUUUGCUGCGACGGUGCGCCCGCACAGUCGCCGUGGCUGCACCCAGCAGCAGCGACAGCAGUCGCAUGCUCGACCAGCUUCGCGCGCUUCGCAGCGCAGCGGCCUUUGCAGCGGCUGCGGGCACUGCGCACCCCACAUUCGCAGCGCUCUCGACGUCUGUAGCGCGGAUCAAGAUGUUAGCCUCCCUCUUUUCCGCGGCUACCGUCGCUGCGAGUGCUGCGAGGUCUUAUUACCGCAUAACGCAGCUGUGCCCAUGCCGCCGACUGUACCACGGGAUGGCGCCUCAUUGGCACCGCGUCAGGGUCGUCGGCGGCCAUCAUCGGCGACUCCGCCAGCCGCGCCACCGCGCCAGCGCUCGUCACGCAUGCCCGAUCCAUUCGCGGCACCUCGGCCGACCCCAUCCUACUGGAGACCGUACCACAGCGAAACAGCUUCACACCGCUGGCCCUCAGCGCGCCGUAGUGAAGGAGGAGACAGUUGUCGUGGAGACGUGAGGGACGAAGCGAGAGCACAGAGGGAGCUUGAUCUGAACGCGGACGAUUACUCGUUUCUCAUCAAGCUCGUGCGCGGCAUAGGGAAGGAUAUCCGUGCGGAGCAGAAGGGAUCGGAAGCGUCAACCGCAGAAGAUACGGCAUGCCGCGCCACCUCCGGCGCAACCGACCGCGGCGUCGAGGCCUUGCUGCGAGCAUUGCGGGAGGAGGCGCGCAUGUACGACGCGACCUACGCGGAGCUGCUGCGCGUGCUUCAUGGAAGUGGCCAGAGCCGAGUCUCUGGGUCAUCCGCCGCUUCUGCGUCGGAGCUGACAAGCACAGCUGUAGUCUUUCCGUACAACAUCCCGCACUCCCCGUUUGUGGCCCCGCCGCGUCAUGCCGCAGAACGCUGCGAUGCGGCAGUGGCGACGAUGGCAUCGCCACCUUCGCCGCCAGAGAUGAACGUGGAGAACCACCACGCACGCGGUGGAAUACGUGGUACACCUCUGCAAGCAUUCGAGGAGACGUUGCCGUCGGCUCCUGCCGCUAUCCUCGAACCUCUUCACGCCGGAGAGGGAGUUCCCUGCUCGCAACGCUUCUCGUCAAUCUCGAGCAACAAGCUGAGCAGCGACAGCUGCGCCAGCGGUCUCGCUGCACCUGCUGUGACUCCGCAGGGGGAGACUGACGCGUCUGCGCCUGGGCCCGUAACCGAGCUCCACCCUACCACCGCCACGACUCCUGCGGCUUUGGACGCCGUCUUUGACAAUCUCGUGCACGAAUCCGUUCAGCAGAGUCAGCUGCGCCUUAUCGACGAGCUGGAGGGGGCUCUGCGCGCGCGUCUCGGAAAGGAUGAGGAGGACGCGCGGUGGGAGGUGUGUCGGAGGGGGGUGGACGAGGAGGAACUGCAGCGGCGCCGGGUGCUCGCGUUGGACGAAGCGGUGAAGGGGGCAGAUCUUGUGCGGCAGUGGCGCUACCUGCGUGCCCGCAUUUUCGUCGCUGAAACGGCGCUGAACGAGUGGACGGCGACACUGAAGACAGAGGAGCACGCGCACGAGCGCUUAACAGAGAACGCGGGCCUCGCGGCGGCUGCGGAGGGCCCACAAAGAGGCAUUCACGAGCUCUGUAUUCUGGAGGAGUCUGAUCGUUGUGCCAACGUGUGGGCAGAGCUGCUUAUACGCCAGACGCUGCAGGUGAGCUUGUGCAGCGACGCCGAGGAGUGCGCCAGGGUCGAGAUUGAGUUUGAAGAGCAGUUGAAGCGGACUAAGUGGAUACAGAUAUUUAUCGUGUGUUGCUUGGCGCAGACUCGUGCAGCAAGGGACGCAACGCCGAUAAAAGUGGACAGGACUGAGUGGGGCGGCGGCAACAUCGGGGACAUGUCGUCCACGCCACCGUUAACGGGGGAACAGCUCUCAGCCCCAACAGAGGAUGCGCCGACGAAGACCUCUGUGGCCGGCGACGCCCCUGAGUGCGUGGCGGCGCCUCCACUGGACACUGGCCUGUCCGUCGAGAAGGAUGCUGUCGAGGCUGCUGCACCGCCGGCUGAAGACGAGUCUGUGGCUGAUGAGCACGCUCGCGGCAAGGACGGCAGACAUCUGCGACCGUUUCCUGCCUUCAGCGUCAACAGCAACGUACCCGGGAUCAUCCCGCCGAGGUCGAAGUCGCCGUCCAUCUGCGCAUCUUCAGCGUCUCUGGUGCUACUCGGCAACGGUGCCGGUGUUCCGACCGAGCUUCAUGAAGGGGAUGAAGAGCAGCAACGGCAGAGCGUCGCAGGGCAUAGUGGUGCGGUGCUGACGGUGCCUGAGCAUGUGAGUGGCAUACCAAUAUGUAUGGAAGGCGAGCUAGAGAGCGACAACUCCAGUGAGGCCAUUGCCUCACGCGCAGACGUGGCGUCGUUGCCGAUGGAGACGUCAUCGCCGGCAGCCAAAGGCAGGGCGGCUGAUGCCAUGUCGGAUGUGCAGCGCCAUUCCGCGGCAUCGCCGAUGCUUUCUGCCUCUGAGCCGAAGAGCACCCAUAAUGUGCAGAAGCCUGCGAUGACGCCACCGGAGAAUGGCGAGCUGUCGCCGUCGGCGAACACACCAAGUGCCUCAGAGGUGGAGAACGGGCCUGCGACCCCUCUCGAAGAGAGGGCGGAAGUCGAGUUAGCGGCUGCGGUUGAGAAUGCGGCGGGGGGCACGUUCGUCAGCGAGGGCGAGGCCACGGAGGAGCUGACAGUCCUGCAAAGCACCGCGACCAUCACAGGAGCCCUGGACGCCACGCAGCGGCUCUCUGCCACACUCUGCAGUGCAGCCGGCGCUGCAGUCACGGAGACUUCCCUCUUGUCGAACCCCUUAAGAGAGCGCGCUAGUCCAAGGACGCCUCUGGAGGCCUGCGCCAACGGAGCGAGCGCACCGGCGCGGACCGCGUGUGCAAGUCAAGAGCAGGGCCUCAGCACCCCGCGGAUGCCACAGUAG